AAAGUUGCAUAAACAGUUUCCUUGUAUUUGGAUGCAUUAAUUCUUUUAACUGAUCUCUUUCCAAUAUUCUUGUAAACUGGACACAGUCUAAUCUACAAAUAUUGGCUAUUAUUUUCAAAUACGAAUGAGUUUCUGGAAAACUGUCAACUUCACUAUAAUUCAUUAUUUCCAAAAGAAUAACAACAAGAGUCUAAAAAAACUUUCUGUUAAUACAGUCGUGAAAAUGAAGUUCUAUAUUCCACUCUUCUAUGCUGUUGCCUUCAUUUUUAGAACACUUUGUAAAGAUUGUCUUCUUUAUUUAUGAUGUCAUGAUAAAUUGGCAUUUUAACAUUUCAAAGAUAGCGCCAUACAGUCAUCAUCAGCUUUAUCAGUUUACAAAUGUUCAAUGUUUUUUUAUAGAUAUUUUUUACUGCAUGUUUAGUAUACUAAUGAUAUUUACUUGUUGUUCAAUCUAUAUUAAAGACAAAGAUAUGAUAGGCGAAAAAAUUAUGCUUCAAAAGCAAAAUCAACAUAUUGCCCUAACUUAUCAGUACUGUUGUUUAGAUCAUUGUUCAAACUGCAAACCCACUGUUGACUGAUUGAUAUUUAUUGCGAGAAAAUAAAGCUUG